GCACAGAGGUGUUCACAACACAGAAGGACAUUACGACACAGCCUGUGUGUCCUGGAAUACAACUGCUCUUGGGGGGUGAGAAAAGUGAGCAGCAACCAUGAGUACCGACGCUGAAAUGGCCGUUUACGGCAAGGCCGCCAUCUACCUGCGGAAGCCGGAGCAGGAGAGACUCGAGGCUCAAAGCAGACCUUUCGAUGCCAAGACUGCCUGCUAUGUGACUGAUACUAAGGAGCUGUACCUUAAAGGCACAAUCCUGAGCAAAGAAGGGGGCAAAGUCACCGUCAAAGUCACUGACACUCAAGAAACUGUAACAGUUAAGGAGGAUGAUGUCACCCCAAUGAACCCUCCCAAGUUCGAUAAAAUUGAGGACAUGGCCAUGAUGACUCACCUCAAUGAAGCCUCUGUGCUGUAUAACCUCAAAGAGCGUUACGCAGCAUGGAUGAUCUACACCUACUCUGGGCUGUUCUGUGCCACGGUAAAUCCCUACAAGUGGCUCCCAGUGUACGACCAAGAGGUCGUAUCGGCCUACAGAGGCAAAAAGCGCAUGGAGGCCCCACCACACAUCUUCUCUGUCUCAGACAAUGCCUAUCAGUUCAUGCUCACUGAUAGAGAAAAUCAGUCUGUCCUGAUUACUGGAGAAUCUGGUGCUGGAAAGACUGUGAACACCAAACGUGUCAUCCAGUACUUUGCGACAAUCGCAGUGGCAGGUGACAAAAAGAAAGAAGCAGGUGGCAAAAUACAGGGAUCCCUGGAGGAUCAGAUCAUUGCUGCUAACCCCCUGCUGGAAGCUUAUGGAAAUGCCAAGACUGUGAGGAAUGACAACUCCUCUCGAUUUGGUAAAUUCAUCAGAAUUCAUUUUGGCACAUCUGGAAAACUGGCCAGUGCUGACAUUGAGACUUAUCUGCUGGAGAAGUCCAGAGUAACAUUCCAGCUCCCAGAUGAGAGAGGCUACCACAUCUUCUACCAGAUGAUGACCAACCACAAACCUGAGCUGAUUGAAAUGACGCUCAUCACAACCAACCCCUACGAUUUCCCCAUGAUCAGCCAGGGCCAGAUCACAGUGGCCAGCAUUGAUGACAAGGAGGAGCUGGUGGCCACAGAUACUGCCAUUGACAUCUUGGGCUUCACCAAUGAUGAGAAAAUGGGCAUCUACAAGCUGACUGGUGCUGUGAUUCACCAUGGUAACAUGAAGUUCAAACAGAAGCAGCGUGAGGAGCAGGCUGAACCUGAUGGCACAGAGGUGGCUGAUAAAGUUGGAUAUCUCUUGGGCUUGAACUCAGCUGAUAUGCUUAAGGCUAUGUGCUAUCCCAGAGUGAAGGUCGGCAAUGAGUUUGUCACCAAGGGGCAGACUGUACCACAGGUCAACAAUUCAGUAAUGGCUCUGGCCAAAUCUAUCUAUGAGAGAAUGUUCUUGUGGAUGGUCAUCCGCAUCAACCAGAUGUUGGACACAAAGCAGUCCAGACAGUUCUUCAUCGGUGUGCUGGAUAUUGCUGGCUUUGAAAUUUUUGAUUACAACAGCAUGGAACAGCUGUGCAUCAACUUCACCAAUGAGAAACUGCAACAGUUCUUCAACCACCACAUGUUUGUGCUGGAACAAGAGGAGUACAAGAAAGAGGGAAUUGAUUGGGAGUUCAUUGACUUCGGUAUGGAUUUGGCUGCCUGCAUUGAACUCAUCGAGAAGCCAAUGGGCAUCUUCUCCAUCCUUGAAGAGGAGUGCAUGUUCCCCAAGGCCUCAGAUGCCACUUUCAAGGGCAAACUGUAUGACCAGCAUCUUGGCAAGUGCAAUGCCUUCCAGAAACCCAAGCCUGCCAAAGGCAAGGCUGAGGCCCACUUCUCCCUGGUGCACUACGCUGGCACUGUGGACUACAACAUCUGCGGCUGGCUGGACAAGAACAAGGACCCCCUGAAUGACUCUGUUGUGCAGCUGUACCAGAAGUCCUCAGUUAAACUGUUGGCUCUCCUGUAUGCAGCCACUGCUGGGGCUGAGGGUAAGAAAAGUGAAACCAAGAAGGGAGGCAAGAAGAAGGGUGGUUCCAUGCAGACUGUGUCCUCUCAGUUUAGGGAGAACUUGGGCAAGCUCAUGACCAACUUGAGAAGCACACAUCCUCACUUUGUGCGUUGCCUGAUUCCCAAUGAAUCUAAAACACCAGGUCUCAUGGAGAACUUCCUCGUUAUCCACCAGCUGAGGUGUAAUGGUGUGCUGGAAGGUAUCAGAAUCUGCAGAAAGGGUUUCCCCAGCAGAAUUCUCUAUGCUGACUUCAAGCAGAGGUACAAAGUACUGAACGCCAGUGUUAUCCCAGAAGGGCAGUUCAUUGACAACAAGAAAGCUUCUGAGAAGCUCUUGGGAUCCAUCGAUGUUGAUCACACUCAGUACAAAUUUGGGCACACUAAGGUGUUCUUCAAAGCUGGGCUUCUGGGUACUCUGGAGGAGAUGCGAGAUGAGAAACUGGCUGCUCUGGUGACCAUGACUCAGGCUCUGUGCCGUGGUUUCCUCAUGAGAAAGGAGUUUGUGAAGAUGAUGGAGAGGAGAGAGUCAGUGUUCACAAUCCAGUACAACAUCCGCUCAUUCAUGAAUGUGAAACAUUGGCCAUGGAUGAAGGUGUACUUCAAGAUCAAGCCACUGCUGAAGAGUGCUGAAGCUGAGAAGGAAAUGGCCCAAAUGAAGGAGGACUUUACAAAAUGCAAGGAAGAUCUGGCCAAGGCAGAAGCGAAAAAGAAGGAGCUUGAAGAGAAAAUGGUUUCUCUGCUGCAAGAAAAGAAUGACCUGCAGCUCCAAGUAGCAUCUGAAUCUGAAGGUCUUGUAGAUGCUGAGGAGAGAUGCGAGGGACUCAUCAAAAGUAAGAUUCAGCUUGAAGCAAAACUCAAAGAAACAACUGAGAGACUAGAAGAUGAGGAGGAAAUGAAUUCCGAGCUCACUGCAAAGAAGAGGAAACUAGAGGAUGAGUGCUCUGAGCUGAAGAAAGACAUUGAUGACUUGGAGCUCACCUUGGCUAAAGUGGAAAAGGAGAAACAUGCCACAGAAAACAAGGUGAAAAAUCUGACUGAAGAGAUGACCUCUCAGGAUGAGAGCAUUGGCAAGUUGAGCAAGGAGAAGAAAGCCCUCCAAGAGGCACACCAGCAGACCCUGGAUGAUCUGCAGGCAGAGGAAGACAAAGUCAACACUCUGUCCAAAGCUAAGACCAAGCUCGAGCAACAAGUCGAUGAUCUUGAAGGCUCUCUGGAACAAGAGAAGAAACUUCGCAUGGAUCUUGAGAGAGCUAAGAGAAAGCUUGAGGGUGAUUUGAAAAUGGCUCAGGAAUCCGUAAUGGAUCUGGAGAAUGACAAACAGCAGUCAGAGGAGAAACUCAAGAAGAAGGACUUUGAGACCAGCCAGCUCCUCAGCAAGAUAGAGGAUGAACAAUCCUUGGGUGCUCAGCUUCAAAAGAAGAUUAAGGAGCUUCAGGCUCGCAUUGAGGAGCUGGAGGAGGAAAUCGAGGCUGAGCGUGCUGCUCGGGCUAAGGUUGAGAAGCAGAGAGCUGAUCUCUCCAGGGAACUUGAGGAGAUCAGUGAGAGGCUAGAGGAAGCUGGAGGUGCAACUGCUGCUCAGAUUGAGAUGAACAAGAAGCGCGAAGCUGAGUUCCAGAAGCUGCGUCGCGACCUGGAGGAGUCCACCCUGCAGCAUGAAGCAACUGCUGCCGCUCUUCGCAAGAAGCAGGCCGACAGCGUGGCUGAACUGGGAGAACAAAUCGACAACCUUCAGCGAGUUAAGCAGAAGCUGGAGAAGGAGAAGAGUGAAUUUAAAAUGGAAAUUGAUGACCUCUCAAGCAACAUGGAGGCUAUUGCUAAAACUAAGUCAAAUCUGGAGAAGCUGUGUCGUACUCUUGAGGAUCAACUCAGUGAAGUCAAGACCAAGAAUGAUGAAAACGUGCGCCAGUUAAAUGAUUUCGGUGCACAGAAAGCCAGACUGCUGACAGAGAACGCAAAAAAAAAAAUAGAUUUGGUGAAAGUCCCUGGUGAAUUGGACGACACCCUCCAGGAAGCAAGGAAUGCAGAGGAGAAGGCCAAGAAAGCCAUCACUGACGCUGCCAUGAUGGCGGAGGAGCUGAAGAAGGAGCAGGACACCAGCGCUCACCUGGAGAGGAUGAAGAAGAACCUGGAGGUCACUGUCAAGGACCUGCAGCACCGUCUUGAUGAGGCAGAGAACCUGGCCAUGAAGGGUGGGAAGAAGCAGCUCCAGAAACUGGAAUCAAGGGUUCGUGAGCUGGAGGCUGAGGUUGAAAAUGAGCAGAAACGUGGUGCCGAUGCUGUUAAAGGUGUCCGUAAAUAUGAGAGGAGAGUCAAGGAGCUCACCUACCAGACUGAGGAAGACAAGAAGAAUGUUGCCAGGCUGCAGGAUCUGGUGGACAAACUUCAGCUGAAAGUCAAGUCCUACAAGAGACAGUCUGAGGAAUCGGAAGAACAAGCCAAUACCCACCUGUCCAAGUUGAGGAAGGUCCAGCAUGAGCUGGAAGAAGCUGAAGAGCGUGCUGACAUUGCUGAAUCUCAGGUCAACAAGAUGAGAGCCAAGAGCCGUGACAGUGGCAAAGGCAAGGAAGCAGCUGAAUAAACAAGAUGAACCUCAUCAACAAAGACUCUUGAAAAUUCAUAUAAUAUGAAUGGCAUCAUGAAAGACUUUGUUUGCACUGAAUAAAAAUAUCAGAAACA